UGCGUUCGAUACCAGCGGUGCUCGAUAGUUUUGGACUGCAGACAAGAUGGCUGCGGACUGUCAACCGUAAUAAAUUUCACACUCUUGGUAUUUUCUAAUAAUAUUAGCUAAUAUUUGAAAGGUCCUUGCAGAAAUGGGUUUAUCACAGAGUGCAGAAGUGGCCGAAGGAGGAACCUAUGGAUACCAUGUGCACGGCGUGCAGCCGAGUUCCCCUGCGGAAGAGGCCGGACUGCAGCCCUUCUUUGACUUUAUUCUGUCUCUGGACAACAAAAGACUAAAUGAGGAGAAUGAGCUGCUCAAGGAGCUUCUGAAAGCCAACAUGGAGAGGGCGGUGAAGAUGGAGGUGUACAGCACGAAAACCACCCGAGUUCGUGAGCUGGAGGUGGUUCCCAGUAACAUGUGGGGAGGACAGGGCCUGCUCGGUGCCAGUGUUCGCUUCUGCAGCUACCAAGGAGCCAAUGAGAAUGUCUGGCAUGUUCUGGAUGUGGAAGCCAGUUCACCUGCUGCGCUGGCAGGGCUUCAGCCACACAGUGACUACAUUGUUGGAGCAGAUCAAGUGCUGCAAGAUUCAGAAGACUUCUUCUCGCUGAUUGAGGCCCAUGAAGGGAAGCCCCUGAAGCUGCUGGUGUACAACACACAAACAGACGCCUGCAGGGAGGUGGUGGUCACACCAAAUGGAGCGUGGGGUGGAGAGGGCAGUUUGGGUUGUGGCAUUGGUUACGGCUACUUGCACCGGAUCCCAGCACUUCCUGAAGCAUCGACGGCAAAGCCUCCCACCCCUGUUCCUGAGGAGGAACUGUCUCCAGAGCUGCCAACGCACGGAUUCACAGAGGCACCUUUGAUGGCACCUUCAAGCCAAAGUGAAGAUGUGUUGGACCUGGAGCAGGUCGCCCUGCAGGAAGCUCCUCUACCUCCACCUAUCCAGAGAGUCAUGGACCCAGGUUUCUCAGACUCUGAAGUGGCGGUGAUGACCCCUGACACUGCAGAUUUGGUGGACAGACUCGAACUGUCCAUGUCGUCCAUCGACAUGACCAACACCGCACUGGCUAUGCAUGAGGAGAAGGAAGGUGAAAUCUCCGGUGUUGAGGAGCUCGAGGACAGUGUGCUGCUGUCAUCGUCAACAGAAAACCAGACUGACCCACAAGAGCUGAGCUCUCAGGCGGCCAUUGACCUCACUUCAGCUCUGGCUUCCAAUGACACUUUGUCAGAUUCAGGCAUCCCACCAGCUGAACCAUCUCACCUGCUCACAGAGUCUACAGAUGAACCCGUCUCUCUCUGUGAGUCUAUCAACAGCCCAACCCCACCUAUGGGUGCACUGUCUCCCCUUGUAGAGUCCUCCGAGCCUCCUGCUGAACCCUCUGUUCCUGCGGAGGACCCUCCCUCCCCAUCUCCCGUCGAUCUCCUCCAAUCCUCUGCUGUGAAUGAGGUGACGGUGGACGAUUCACCAGCGCCAGACGUCGAGGAUGAAACAGCGCCAGUGGAGGAGUCAGACGAGCUUCUAGAUGUGGCUGAUGCUCAUCACUGCAGCCAUGAGAGUGAUGAGGAGGAACCAGAAGAGACGCCUCUUGAGUAAGCUUGAAUCAGGCCAUAGAAAUGCAAAGUGAAGUUGACAAUCACUGGGGCUUUUGAAAAGAAUAUAGUUGAUAGGGAAUACACGCUGUCUGAUUAGCUACACUACAGAAACCAGCUAAAGCAUUAGCAUAUAAGUAAGAAAACACUUUAAGGUACAGUCUGUAGGAACAGCCAAUUUGUUUUAUGUGUCAGUUUAAAGUUACUGCUCAUUUGUACGCCAAGAAGGUUUUAAUGUGAUGCUUCUGUGCUUGGUGCAAAAUUAGAUCUUACGGGUGACGAGACUUUGGAACACAAAAGUGAAUACUUGAACACUUCCAAAGAUAAACACAUGCAUUUACUACAGGAAAGCACAGCUGCACCUUAAUAUCCAGAAACACUAUCAGAUUUUUUUAAGCUGCCAGACUGUUGGCAGCAAAUAAUGGUUCACACAAUACAGCUUUUAAAAAUAGAGGACUUUUACUGUAGUACAUGACCCGUGUAUUGGAUUUUUAAGUGUUUUUAAUGUUAUGAGGGAACUAUUUGUCGACAUGUGCUGUGUGAAACCAGUCAGUACAAGUUUUUACAUCAGUUUUGAAAAGGUCAGUAUGUUUUAAACGUGCACUAUGUAGUUUUGGGAAAGACACUUCAAUCAGAAGAGAAGGACCUUCAUCGACUGAUUUUAUUUUAUACCUAAACUGAACACCUUUCAGGGUUCUCCCCAGGAAUUGUUAGUGUAGUGGCACACCAUCAACCAGGGGACGGACGGCUUUUUUUUUUACGAGAAGACCGCGGCAGCCCACAAACACCUGCUAUAAAGCUAACAUUGAAAGUGACUAUAGUGGCGCUGAGCUAGCAGUAUAGCGGCGCAGCGCUGUUGUUCCACCGUCUGGGGAGAACCUGCCUUUAAAUGUAACACAAUUUUAUCCAGUUUUACUUUGUUUACAUUUGGCAGACCCUAACACUUUUCUCACUUCAACAGUGUUGAGAACAGCUUGUUUAUUCAGUUAAGGAAAAAGAAAUUUGUAUUGUUACCUCAUUAAUAUUGUCAAUACUAAAAUCCUGAGUCUGAAUUUAUUCUUUUUACUACUCAGUGCCCCUUUAAACACUAUGUAUUCAGCCAUACAGUUUGUGAUCUUUUUGAAAAGAGUUUUACUGCCUGUAUUUUUAGAUUUAUGUCCCUAUGUCUCCUUCAACUCUUAUUUUGUAAUUUUGGUGAUCUAUGCAACAGUAGACGAGCACUGUGUACACCCAGUAGAUGACAGACCUUUCAUAUAGAGUAUGGAAGAAGUCUGACAACAGUGAUGCUGCUGUUGAGUUAAUUGUUUUCUGUUUUUUCUAGGGGGCUUCUUAAUGUUUUUCACAGUCAAAGUGGGUGCUAGUAUGUAAAAUAAGGAAAAGUAUUUUUGCAGAUAUUUUAUCAAGUAAUCAUAUGUUUUAUUAGGAAUGAGUGGAGAGUCUUUUGAUGAAUGUGAAACGGGCGAAUCUUUCGAUGGUUAAACAAUCAUAUCACUUGACUAAAAAAAAAAAAAAAAAAAAAAAGUUGUCCCUUGUUUUUCUUAUUU